AUGGAUAAUGAAGUCAUGGAAACCCAUGCCAUGCAUCUGCUUAACGAGUACUUGGUCCUCGGAUGUGGCUGUAUUGCCCAAGCCGUCCUCAGCCGAGGUGUCUUGGGAGGAAUCGUCACUAUCAAUGUCGGAUUUGCUAUGGCAGUCGUCACGGCCAUUUAUGUGACUGGAGGUGUCUCAGGAGGUCACAUCAACCCCGCUGUGUCUUUGGCAAUGUGUGUCUUUGGAAGGAUGAGAUGGUACAAACUGCCAUUUUAUGUGGGAGCCCAGUUUUUGGGAGCCUUUGUGGGAUCCGCAACUAUCUUCGGUGUUUACUAUGAUGGACUCAUGUCCUUUGCUGGAGGAAAACUGAUCAUCACGGGAGAAAACGCAACAGCAUUCAUUUUUGCAACCUACCCAGCUCCGUAUCUCUCUUUGGCGAAUGCAUUUGCAGACCAAGUAUUGUCCACCAUGUUCCUCCUCAUGGUUGUCUUCGCCAUAUUUGACUCCAGAAACUUGGGUGUCCCCAGAGGCCUGGAGCCCGUUGUCGUUGGUCUCCUGAUUAUUGCCCUGUCCUCUUCUCUGGGGCUCAACUGUGGCUGUGCCAUGAACCCCGCUCGUGACCUGAGCCCCAGGCUUUUCACUGCUUUGGCAGGGUGGGGGUUUGAGGUGUUCACAGUUGGAAAUAACUUCUGGUGGAUCCCGGUCGUGGGUCCUCUGCUGGGUGGCAUCCUUGGAGGUUUCAUCUAUGUCCUGUUCAUCGAAAUCCACCAUCCCAAUGCCCACCCAGACUUCGAGGAAGAACAAUCUGAGAACAACAAGCCAGAGAAAUAUGAACUGAGUGUCAUCAUGUAG